UGAUCUCAGAACCCGGCCAGCGCGCUCCGGCUUCCCAACUGCCUCGAAAUGAUUUACACGAGCAGGAGGUGUGCAUUGGCGGGGUCCGGCUGGCCUUCGCGUCACGGUGUUGUUGCAGCAGCAUCCGGCAGUGACUCUGAGGAUGAAGACAGUAUGGACAGUCCCUUGGACCUUUCAUCGUCAGCGGCCUCUGGCAAGAGAAGGAGGAGAGGCAAUCUGCCCAAAGAGUCCGUCCAGAUUCUUCGAGACUGGCUGUAUGAACACAGAUACAACGCAUACCCCUCAGAGCAAGAGAAAGCCCUGCUGUCGCAGCAGACACACCUGUCCACACUACAGGUCUGUAACUGGUUCAUCAACGCCCGUCGCAGGCUCCUUCCUGACAUGCUGAGAAAGGAUGGCAAAGACCCAAAUCAGUUCACCAUUUCCCGCCGAGGGGCCAAGAUCUCAGAAGCUAGCUCUAUUGAAGCUGCAAUGGGUAUCAAAAACUUCAUGCCAACUCUAGAAGAGAGCCCAUUUCAUUCCUGCGUAGUUGGACCCAACCCAACCCUAGGGAGACCAGUGUCUCCCAAACCUCCCUCCCCGGGACCCAUCUUGGCUCGCCCCUCAGUGAUCUGCCAUACCACUGUGACUGCAUUGAAGGACGGGCCUUUCUCUCUCUGCCAGGCAGUCAGUGUGGGACAUAGUACAGAUGUACAGCAGGUAGCACCCAGCAACUUUACAGACGCCUCUCUCAGGUACCCAGAGGACACUUGCAAAUCUGGACCCAGUCCAAAUCCUCAGAGUGGUCUUUUCAACACUCCUCCCCCGACUCCGCCAGACCUCAACCAGGAUUUUAGUGGAUUUCAGCUCCUGGUGGACGUUGCGCUCAAGCAGGCAGCAGAGAUGGAGCUUCAGGCCAAACUCACAGCUUAACCGAGUGUCAAACAAAACAGUUCUCCAAAAUACGGUCCUGAAUUGCCGGGGGUGAUGGCAAGAGAUGCAUUAUUUUAUAUAUUUUCCUAUUAAUAUUUGCACAUGGGAUUGCUCAAACGAAGCUUCCUGUUACUAAGAUGUCUUCAAUGGAAUAGUCAUUCCAAGAACUGCAGACUAAAGCUACUGUAGAAACAGAGGGUUUUCUUUUCGAAUGUUUCUUGGUAGUUUCUCAUAAUGUGAGACGUUCCCAGUAUCAUGUGAUCUUCUCCUCCCAACUCCUUUUUUUUUUUUUCAAGACUGUGCAAUACUUAGAAGCCCUUGUGCCUCUCUGUUCCCAUGUGGAACAUGACCCCACAUACAGUCUAAUGAAUAAACUUUCAGUUUUUUGUUUGUUUGUUUUUUUUUAUAGAUUCAAGCAAGUAUGAAUCUAGUUGUUGGAUACCUUUUUCAUGAUGUAAUAAAGUAUUUUCUUUAAAA